AGUCAACGUCAAACUAAAAGCCAACAGUCAACAGCUGUCAAAUGGGUUGCAAUUCUUGCAAACGGAGCUGUAGAUGGGAGAUAAGUUUUUUGUUCGACUGCAAAACAAAAUGUUGAUCGUGUCGUAGUUACAAUAGUUGUGUGAAUAUAAUUUUUGUAGUGAAAAUGAAGCCACUUAUAGAUUUUGACGAAUGUCUCCGUGAUUCUCCUAAGUUUAGGGAACAAUUGGAGACAGAAGAAGCAAGCAUUGAUUCCCUGGAGCUGAAGUUGGAUAAGGUUCUCAAAGCAUGUACUGUUAUGGUGGAGUCUGGCAAAGUAUACAUGAGUCAUAGAGGGACAUUUACUAAUGCACUCUGGGACUUAAGUGGGAGUUUUUCGGAGGACCCAACAGUGAUGGCCACCCUCAACCGCAUGAUACAUGCUUUGCAAGAGAUGAACAAGUACCACUCUAUAUUGUUGGACCAAGCUUCUAGGACUGUACUGAAGAAUCUCACUGCCUUUAUUAAAGUUGAUAUUAAAGGUGUUAAAGAAAGUAAGCACCAUUUUGAUAAAAUCUCCAAUGAUCUGGAUAUAGCUUUAAACAGAAACUCACAGGUAUCUCGUAAUAAAGUAACUGAUGUGGAGGAGACAGUUAAUCUCUUGCUGGCAACGCGCUCGUGCUUCAGACACACAGCAUUGGACCACGUGCACAAGAUCACAAUGUUGCAGGCACGGAAAAGGCAUGAAAUACUUGCUACUUUCCUGUCGUACCUGCAAGCGUGUUGCACCUAUUAUCACCAAGGCGCGGACUUGACUGAAGACUUGGAUCCUUUUCUCAAAGCCACCGCUGAGGAGGUUUCAGCAAUGCGUAACGAUACAAAGAUACUCGACAAAGAGAUGGAGAAUCGUCAUACGAUUGUGAAUAGUAAAGAUACUGUGCUGCCGAGUUGUAAGGCCGGUGACGCGGAGGCAGAAGCGAAGGAUGGAAUGCUGAGCGCGCCCUGCCUCAAGAACCUUCCCAGAAUGCAGGGCUAUCUCUUCAAGAGGACCUCGAAUGCUUUCAAAACGUGGAACAGGCGAUGGUUCUAUUUGUACGACAACAGAUUAGUGUACAGGAAAAGAACAGGCGAAUUGAACGUGACUGUAAUGGAAGAGGACUUAAGACUGUGCACAGUGAAGCCAGUGCUUGACGGCGAAAGGCGGUUCUGUUUCGAAGUGCUCUCGCCUUCUAAGAGUCACAUGCUUCAAGCUGAUUCGGAAGAAAUGUUAAAUUCGUGGAUCGCAGCGCUCCAAAACGGGAUCCGAUCAGCCAUACAGCACGGUCAAAGCCGAGAGAACCCCGAGUCCCAGCUAGUUCUCGUGCCAGACGACUCUAAAUCUAACGACAAUAGGAAUAGCGUCGCUAAUGUAAGGAUGAGGAAAGUGAGGAUUUGGGAGCAGCUGCUUAGUAUCCCCGGUAACAACAACUGUUGCGACUGUGGCAGCCCUAACCCGCGGUGGGCUAGCAUUAACCUUGGAAUCACUCUCUGUAUAGAAUGUUCUGGAAUUCAUCGCUCACUUGGCGUGCACGUCAGCAAAGUCAGAUCUCUUACUUUAGAUGACUGGGAACCUGAUAUUAUAAAGGUCAUGGCCGAACUGGGAAAUAAAAUAGUAAACUUAAUUUAUGAAGCAAACACAGAAGGAACCACCGUCACUCGAGCAACUCCGGAUUGUGAAACAGCCGUGCGCGAGGCGUGGAUCCGCGCCAAGUACGUGUCGCUAUCAUUCGUGCGCAACAUCGCGCGCGGCGCCGCGGACUCGCUGCCCGAGUCGCCGCUGCGCAGCGGCCGCCGCUGGUCCGUGCGCAGGGCGCGCCGCAGGGUUCGCGCCGCGCCUGCCGUACCCGAAACUAUCACCGACGAGAAGAGUGACGACAACAGCAAUACGAGCGUGUCGGAAAGCUCCAGCAAGUCGUUGCCAGACAGUCCCGUGCUGCUGAUCGGCACGGAGCUGGCCAGCGAGCGCGCCGUGGACCUCAGCCUGCCCUCCGACCACGAGUCCACCGAGGGCGAGGACACGGCUGACGUCGCAGCGGAGGACAUAUCGUGCCUGUCAGCGGACGCCGUGCUGCACCGCGCGGCGCGCGCGCACAACGUGGCGGUGAUGCGCGCCGCGCUGGCCGCCGCCGCCGACGUCAACCAGCCGCACGCGCGCGCGCGCANCGCGCGCUCGCCGCUGCACGCCGCCGUGCUCAGCGGAUCAGUAAUGGCGUGCUCGUUCCUAUUGCUAAACGGCAGCAAGUUAAACAUGCAAGACGAAGACGGGAAGACGCCCCUACACCUGGCCACGGAGGCUGGCCACACAGGACAGGUUUGCUUGCUGCUGCGGUACCGCGCCGACCAGUCCAUCGCCGACAACGAAGGCCGCACGCCGCUUGACAUCGCUGUCGGACACGCUAACGCCGACAUUGUUACUUUACUUCGCCUGACAAAACUGAACGAAGAAAUGCGCGAAAGCGAAAUGGCUUCCAACGACGACACGUACAACGAAGUGUUUCGCGACUACACGCAGCUGGCGCACUCGCACCCCGAGCGGCUGGUGCGCGCGCGGCACAACAACAACGAAGGGGAACAACCAACUGAAUGACGAAACGCCCCAGGGGUGAAGCGACGAUGGCUGUGGUAACACGACGACUGGAUGACGUCACGCCGGUGACGUCACAUGUGCAUUGCGACCGGUGAAGAAAACUACGAGGUAUAUUAUUCCAUUAUACAAAUAGACGUUGACGCUAACAGUAGACAACGAAGGCCUACGAUGAUAAAAACUCAGUGUAACUAAUGAAUUGUAAUAUGGCGCUAAAACAUGUUAUUUGUUAGAUUAGAAAAAAUAGGUCACACUUACGCCCAUUACGAUGCUUGUCAAUCAUGAUCGAAAAUGGUAGUUUAAUGCCUAUUUAUCUCUAUAAAUAAUGUUAAAAUUAAAAACUAAAGUUAUUAUUGACAUAAGAUUUAAAAUACACCAUAAAUGCCAACGAAUGGUUAUAAAAUAGGACGCU